AUGCAAUUUUUGAUGGAAAAUAUCGAUUUUUGGCAGGAAAUUGGUGAUUUGUGAGUAUUUUUGGGCUCAGGGAUCUUUAAAAGGCUCCAGAAGCUUCCGGAAGCCCCCAGAAGCUCGCUGAAGCCUCCAGAAGCUCGCGGAAGCUUCCGAAGUCUUCCGGAGGCGCUAGGAAGCUUACGGAAGCCUCCAGAAGCUCGCGGAAGCUUCCGGAAGGCUUCCAGAGGUUUCCGCAAGUUUCCGGAAGCUUUAAGUGGCUUCCGGAGCCUUCCGCAACCUUCCGCAACCUCUACGCGCCUCAAAAAUCCCAAAAUCCCCCCAAAAUCGCGCCUCAUCCAAUAUUUAGUACUACUUAUAUGUCUAUCUAUGUAGAUACAACCAGUUUCCCCCCAAAACAUUGCUCAUUUUAUAUUCCCAUCAAAUCUCGACGAGAGACAAUUGGCAGAUGAGAGAGUGCAGAGAAAUAUGCAUUGACAAUGGGAUGAGUCGAAAAAAAAGGGGCGGAGCUUUUUGGGGGGCGAAAAAUUCCAGUUUACUAGUUACCCUAACUCGAGAAUGUGGUUGUUUUGGGCGCUAUGCGCCUUUAAAUUUCUAUCUGAGUACUGUAGUGUGGUGGCUGCUGACGUGGCUGGCAAGCCGAUGGCCUGGUAUUCAACGGGAAAAAUCCACGUGGCACCGCCGCAAAAGCUUGUGGCACCAGCGAAAACCGCUAUUGAUAUUUGUCAGGUAUUAAAAUUUUUUGCCACGUGGCACAUAAUUUUUGGCGGGAAAUUUGAAAAUUUGAAAAAGCGAAAACAAGAAAAAUCCCCGGGGAUUUUUUGAGAAAUUCAUCAAAAAUGUUUUUCGACACAUUUUUCUUAGUACUUUUUUUUUGCAAAAAAAAAAGAAAUGGGGGAGGAUUUGAAAAUGAAAAAAAAAAUUGGGUUGGAAAAAAUUUUCCAAACGAAAAUUUGUAGUUCUCGAGGAGAAACGCUAAUUUUCCAUACGAAAAUUUGUGGUUCUCGAGGAGAAGAAUUUUUUUGGUAUGGAAAAUUAAAUAGCGCUUCUCCUCGAGAACUACACAUUUUGGUAUGGAAAAUUUCCAAAAUUUGUAGUUCUCGAGGAGAAACGCUAAUUUUCCAUACCAAAAUUGGUUUUGCAGUUCUCGAGGAGAAGAAUUUUUUUGGUAUGGAAAAUUAGCGCGGCACAUUAAUUUUCACGUGGGAAAUUCAAAUUUCCCCUCAAAAAACCUCCAUUUUUCACCGGGAAACCUGGAAAAUGUCCCGAAUUUUUUCCCGCACCCAGCUUCCCAAUUCCCCACAAAUUUCCAGCUUCCCGUCGACACUGGCAAAUGCGAUCAACAACUGUUUCGCUAUUAUUAUGACGCGAAAAUCGACGAUUGCCAACGAUUCACUUUUACGUACGGUCGUUUUUUUUGGGCGGGAAAAUGAAAAAAAAAAAACAAAAUUUGAAUCAUUCAUCAUUUUUUACUGUCUCUUUCCUAUAUAAUUAUAUUUAUUGGAGAAAGUUUUGGCAAAAAAAUUGUCCGAGAGAAGUACACGGGAAUUUUCAGGGGGUCGGGGGCUUCUGGAGAAUUCCCAAGGCUUCCCAAGGCUUUCCCGGGCUUCCCAAGGCUUCCCCGGGCUUCCCAAGGCUUCCCCGGGCUUCCCAAGGCUUCCCAAGGCUCCUGGAGGCUUCAGGAGGCUUCAGGAGGCUUCCCAAGGCUUCCCGCGGCUUCCCGCGGCUUCCCAAGGCUUCUGGAGGCUUCCCGAGGCUUCUCAAGGCUUCCCAAGGCUUCCCAAGGCUUCUAAAGGCUUCUAAAGGCUUCUCAAGGCUUCUAAAGGCUUCUGAAGGCUUCCCCGGGCUUUCCAAGGCUUCUGGAAGCUUCCGCAUGCUUCCGCAACCUCUAAAAACCAUUUUUUCAGUGGAUGUGGUGGAAAUUCGAACAGAUUCAUGAGAAGAGCACACUGUCGAAAUCGAUGUGUCAAAAAUCCGCACAAAAAUUCGACGUCGACUUCGCCGAACUCGAAUUUUUUGGAACUCAAACAACAUCGACGAACUUUGACAACAACUAGUACAACUGAAGUUAGCUCAACUCGCUCUGAAAUCACUUCGACAACAAUGGAACCUUGGACUCAAGCGUUUCCGGUGAAGAAAAUUGAGUUUUUGAAGGUAAACUUGCUCUGGGAGCUCAAAAAAACACGUUUUUGACCAAUUUUUGACCAAAAAUAUCGAUUUUUCACCGUAGAAUUAGCCUAAAUUCAAAAUUUCCAGUCAAAUUUGUGCACCGAUUGCGAUCCGCUUUUCGGAACUUGCAAUGAUGGAGUUUGUGGAUGUAUGAAAGGAUUCCGAUCGCUCGGAAAAGUUUGUAUUGGUAAGAUUUUCGAAAUUUGGAGCAUUUUGAGCCCGAAUAAGCCCAGGGUUUCCUAAUUUUCCACACCAAAAUUUUUGUGUGGAAAAUUGACUUCUCCUCGAGAACUACAAAUUUUGGUAUGGAAAAAAAUGUCCAUGCAUUUUUAAUUCCGGAUCUUCCCGAAAUCUUCGAAAAAAAAAAUGAAUUUUUUCGCAUCCAACAGAACAAAUUUAGAAUGCAUGGUGUACUUUUAACAAAAAAAAAAUGUUGCGAGAACUUUUUUCGGGAUCAAAAAAAAUUGGUAAAAAAAAGUUGCCUCGGGUGUGGCUCGAACCCCUGACCUUCUGACCCAUAGAAAAUCAAUAUUUCUAUAUCAAAAUUUCGUGCUGAACAUGAAGAGAAUGCUUAAAAUGAGCAAUGCCAUCAUUUUCAGCGCAAAAAAAGAUGAAUUUGAAAAAAUUGGUGCCUCGGGUGUGGCUCGAACCCCUGACCUUCUGACUCGAAUAUUUCCAGAUCUCAACGAAUGUGACAAUGGUGCAAUCUGUGGUGACAAUGCACGGUGUGUAAAUACCGUAGGAUCUUACACGUGUGAAUGUGAUUCGGGAUUCCAAGUUGAUGGGCGAUGCAAAAUCGGACCCGAAGCCUGUCAGGAUGAAUUUGACGUGAAUUUGACUGAAGAGGAUUGUAAUCAUGGGAAACAGGAGUUACGGUAAGUUCGGAGCCGAAAUUUGCAGCAUUUUGAUAUCAAAUACGUCGCGAAAAAAUUUUCCAUACCAAAAAUUUGGUAUGGAAAAUCAUCUUGUCCUCGAGAAAUACAAAUUUUCGUAUGGAAAAAUGAAUUUUUUGCAGCUACUACUACGAUUCCGUCACGGCCUCCUGUAAACGUUUCUUCUACGGUGGCUGCAAAACCACAUCCCGCAACUUCUUCGCCGAUCUUCAAACCUGCGAUGUUCUCUGCGUCUCUCUUCAACGAGACUAUCUCGCAUCGGCUCAUCACUUCAAAAUCGAUCUUUUGACCUCACCAGCUUCUCUAGCCGAACCCGAUAAGCCUUUAUCUGUUGAGGAUUGGCCCUUGAGGCCUGUCACAGUCCGCGCGCCUUUGAAUUUGGAUUUUGGGCCGAGUUAUCGAUUGGGCGGCCUGGAAAAGAUGAAGGAGGCCCAGAAGGCUGAAAAGAUUGUGAAGGAAAUUACACCGGGUUUGGGUGAGUUUUUUGUUUGUGCUUAAAAUGAGCAAUGCCAUGAUUUUCAGCACGAAAAAUUGAUCUAGACAAAAAAAGUAGUAGUUCCUAUGGGGAAUCGAUCCCCGGACCUUCUGACUCAGAAAAUCAAUAAAUCUGGAUGAAUUUUUCGUGCUGAAAAUGAUGAAAUUGCUUAAAAUGAGCAAUCCCACGAUUUUCAGCACGAAAAAUUGAUCUAGAAAAAAAAGUAGUAGUUCCCAUGGGGAAUCGAACCCCCGACCUUCUGACUCAGAAAAUCGAUAUUGUUAGAUCAAUUUUUCGUGCUGAAAAUGAAGAAAUCACUUAAAAUGAGCAAUCCCACGAUUUUCAGCAUGAAAAAUUGAUUUAAAAAAUAAUUUAGAAAAUAGUUCCCAUGAGGAAUUGAACCCCCGACCUUCUAGAUCAAAAUUUCGUGCUAAAAAUGAAGAAAUCACUUAAAAUGAGCCAUUUUUGCAGACAUUUGCUCAACUCCACUCGAUCCAACACUCCGUGAAGAAUGCCUUUCAGCCGAUUGGGUUGAGCGAUUUUUCUGGAAUUCGGAAUUCUCGGAAUGUGAACCUUUUUGGUACGGUUUUGUCCGCGAGAACUACACAUUUUGGUGUGGAAAAAUCUGAAAUUUUUCAAUUUCAGGUACGAUAAUUCGUGUGAUCCACGCGACAAAGCUGCCAAAAACUUCUUUGAGAAUUUUGACGCCUGCAAAUCCACGUGUUCUGGAAAUCUGAAAACUUCUGAAACUUCUGAAACUUAUAUUUUGCCUACUGAUGAAGCUACAACUUCAACUCCAGCUACAACUUCAGUAGAUGUUUCGAAAGAUCAGAAUCCAGUUAUAACUUCCACACAUCCAGCUCAAACUUCAAGUUCAGUAGAAGUUGUGGAAACUUCGAAAGAUCAGGAUCCGGAAUUCGUUCAAGUCGAAAAUUGGGAAGGUUUGGUGGACGAGAGAAUUUCGCAGAAAUCGGAGAAAAUCGAAAAAGUUGAGAUUGUUCACAGAGGAUCGGAAGGUAGGGCUUCUGGAGGCUUUUCAAGGCUUCUGGGGGCUUCUGAAGGCUUCCCAAGGCUUCUGAAGGCUUCUGGAGGCUUCUGGAGGCUUCUGAGGACUUAUGGAGGCUUCUGAAGGCUUCCCAAGGCUCCAGGGGGCUUCUGAGGGCUCCAAGGGGCUUCUGAGGGCUCCAGGGGGCUUCCGGAAAUUUCAGAAGGCUUCCCAAAGCUUCCCCGGGCUUCCCCAGGCUUCUGGAGGCUUCUGAAGGCUUCGGAAGGCUUCUGAAGGCUUCUGAAGGCUUCCCAAGACUUCUUUCCAAAAAAAAUCUGAAAAUUUGCAGUCUGCCACGUGGAAUUCAAUCAAAACUUGCGAAACGAGUGUAAAACUGGAGAUUGGACCGAAUACUUCUACUGGAAUCUGGAAAUUCAGGAUUGCGAAGCGUUUUGGUACGAUAAAUCGUGUCUUCUCCCCAAAUUUGCGCCAAAUCAAAAUUUAUUUGAAAAUUUUGAGAAAUGUCAAGAAUCCUGCAAAAAACCCGCGAAAAAAGAUGAUGAAAAAGGUCCCGAAACGACGGCUACAGUACCCCUACCGUAUAAACAGGAUGAUCCUUUAAAUAUCAUUUUUGCGAAUGCUAUCAAACCCGAGGAAUCGUCUUUGUUGCCUGAUAAAUUGCCCGGAAAUCAUGAGACGAAUUUUGGCGCCAAAAAUAUUGAAGAUCAAAAUUCUGAAGAUCAAACAUCCACCACAAAAUUCGACAGACUGAAAUAUAUGGCUGAAUUCAGAAAGAGACUUCUAGCACUGCCUGAGGAUUUCAAGACAACUUCAGCAACACCUUCAGAAGCUCCGAAGGUGUCAGUGACGACUUCGGAAGCUCCAGCAACUUCAGAGACUCCAGCAACAUCUUCAGAAGCUCCAGUAAGACCUUCAGAAGCUCCAGCUUCAACUCGAUUCCUGGGAGAUCUGUGCGAUGAGCCACUUCACCCGAAACUUGAGGAGGAUUGUAAGAAUGAUAAUUGGGUGAGUAACUACGACACUCCGGGAUUACGUUAGAGUGUUCAAACGAUGCUCCGCCUUUACGCUGAGCGAUUUAAGGGGUUAAACGAUGCUACGGGGUUACGCCGAGAAAAUAGAGGGUUUAAACGACACUCCGGGAUUACGCUGAGGAAAUUUAGAAAGGGGUAAACGAUGCUCCGGUAGUACGCUAGAGGGUUUAAACGAUACUCCGGGAUUACGCUGAGGAAAUUAGAGGGUUUAAACGACAUUUCGGGAUUACGGUGGGGGAAUGGGGUGUCUAACUAUACUACAGGACUACGUUAGAGAGUUCAAACGACGCUCCGCGAUUCCGCUAGUAAGUUUAGAGGGGUUAAACGAUGCUCCGGGAUUCCGCUAAUGACUUUAGAAACUUUAAACGAUGCUCCGGGAGUACGCUGAGGAAAUAAAGGGUUUAAACGAUGCUCCGGGAUUCCGCUGGGAAAUUAGAGGGGUUAAACGACACUCCGCGAUUCCGCUGAGUAAAUAGAGGGUUUAAACGAUGCUCCGGGAUUACGCUGGGUGAUUAGAGGGGUUAAACGAUGCUCCGGGAUUCCGCCUAUGAAUAUUACCAUUUUCAAACGAGACUCCGUAUUUACGCUUUUAAAAAUCAGAAUUUCCCAACGACACUCCGCCGUUUACGGUCCCAAUAAAUACGUUUCUAAAGUGUUUUUUCAAGAGUGUAAACCCGGAGUGUCGUUUGAAAUUCCCACAUUUUUUCCAGGAAAUUCGCUGGUUCUUCAACACGGAUCGUGGAGCAUGCAAAAGCUUCUGGUACGGUGGAUGCGAAGUCGAGUCGCGCAACUUUUUCACAGAUCAUGCGGUAGGCCAUCAUUUUUUUUUUGGCGGGAAAUUCAAAUUUCAAAUUUUUUUUUCAGAAUUGCCGACAUGCUUGUGCUCACAAAUACCAAGCUUCGGAGUUCCAAACCAAGAUCUCAAUUCCACCCGGAGAUCUCACAACUUCUCCACCAUUCCACAAAGAUCGCCUAACCACCUCGAUCAAAUUGACCUAUCCACAUUCCGAAGAUCUUUUCCCGACGCACACGAAUUCCUAUCAGAUCUCAGAAGAUCCAGAUCGCAGAUUCCCUGCUCCUGAACCUCCGAAACAUCUUGCGCUCGUCUCCGAAGGCACCAAAUCCUCAUCGGAACCCAGUUUCUAUAGUCAUAUCGAUAAAGUGAUUCUGGAUUUGAAGACUGGCGAGCACACGGCAUUUCAGAAGCCCGAGGAAUUUGUGCGAAGAGUUGAGAGCUCGAGCAAUGCAUUUGUGAAAUAUUCGAUUGAUGCGUCGGAAAUUACACAGAUUUUGGGCGGGGAACAUCGGAGUAUUAAUGAUGCUUGUGAUGAUGAAUAUGAUCCAAAAUGGGAUGAGGUGAGCCUGGGCCUGAAAAUUCGGGAUUUUUUGAGCCUAAACAAGCCUAUAGUCUGAAAAUUCGGGAUUUUUUGAGCCUAAAUAAGCCUAGGCCUGAAAAUUGGGGAUUUUUUGAGCCUAAACAAGCCUAGGCCUGAAAAUUCGGGAUUUUUUGAGUCUAAACAAGCCUAGGCCUAAAAAUUCGGGAUUUUUUGAGCCUAAACAAGCUCGGGUACCAGAUUUUGAAAAAGCUAAAAUUUUUGCUGACGCGUUUGAUGUAGCUGCAAAAUUCUAUUUUCCACACCAAAAUUUUGGUGUGGAAAAUCAACUUGUCCUCGAGAAAUACAAAUUUUGGUAUGGAAAAUUUCCAAAUUUCAUACAAAAAUAACCUUGUUUGGUGUCAAAAUGAAGCCGCUCGAAAUACCGUGUAAUUUCAGGAUUGCCUGGGAGAUGAAUGGGUGAUUCGAAGUUACUGGAACUCGACAACAAACUCCUGUAAAAGCUUUUGGUACGGUGGAUGUCAGACAAGCAGUCGGAAUAUUUGGUUUGACCGUGAAGCGUGUCAAAUGGCGUGUAGACAUAAAUUGGGAAAAAUUGAUGGUCAGUGGGCACUACAGUACCCCCUGGAGACUUACAGUAACUCUGGUUUUUCAGAAUCUCCAUUGACACCUUCUGACAUUGCUGCAACUCUGUCCAGCACCACGAAGAAGCGAGAAAUUUCAGAUUCGGAAAUUUUCAAGCAAGAUCUUGAUCAGCAACUCGCAAACAUCAAGAAAUCACAUGAAAAUCGAGAAGAUCUGAAAUUCUCAAAAAUUGUAGAUCAUCCGGUUACUGUAGCCGCGGAAUGUUUGGAACCUUUCAACUACAGUCUAGCCGAGCCAUGUAAAAAUGGCGGGAAAUUUGAAAAUCGAUUUUAUUUCGACAAAGAUUCGCGGAGUUGUCGAAUGUUCUGGAAAUCUGAGGGAUGUCUGGGUGGAGAUGCUAAGAUGAGCAAUAAUUUUGCGGAUUUGGAGACUUGUCAAUGGAAGUGUGAGGGAAGACAUCCACAACCGGCUGGAAGUUAGUGCAAAUUCGGAUUUGGCGCGAAAUUUGGGGCAGAAUGAUACCAAAUUUGCCUGGGGGCAUGGAAAAAUGGGCGGGGCCUAAGAUUUUUGCUUGCGGCACGGUUUUGUGGGCGUGGCUUAGGUUUUCUAGGAUUUUCAAAGCUAAAAUUCAUGAUUUUUACUUGCGGCACGGUUUUGUGGGCGGGGCUUAUUUGAUGUCGUUUUGAAGCCCUGGAAAUUCCCCAAAAACUGUGCCAGGUUUGCAAAAAUGGGCGGAGCUUGUUUGGUGUCAUUUUGAAGCUCUUGACCUCCAGAAUUUAAAAAUUUACUCUAAAAUUUGUUUUUCCCAGAAUCCUGCCUCGAAAAAUUCGACUUAGGCUAUCUCGAAGAUUGUCGCCAUGGCGAAUUCACAAAUCGUUUCUACUUUGAUCACGAUCGCAAAAAAUGUGUGGCUUUCCAUUGGGGCGGAUGCCAAUCGAAAUCGCAGAACUUCUUCACCGAUAUGGGAUUGUGUCAGGAUUUGUGCGAAAAUCCGCCCAGAGAGUUGACACGUGGGUUUUUGAGCCGGUUUUUCGGAUUCAGCGCGAAAUUUUGAUCUAGAGUGAUUUUUAUUAUGAGUCAGAAGGUCGGGGGAUCGAUUCCUCAUGGGAACUACUAUUUUCUAAAAAAAUUUUCUAGAUCAAUUUUUCGAGCUGAAAAUGAUGGGAUUGCUCAUUUUAAGCAAAUUCUUCAUUUUCAGCACGAAAUUUUGAUCUAGAAAUAUUGAGCAGAAGGUCACGAGUUCGAUCCCCACCCGACGCAACACUUUUUUUUUCAAAACCCUAUCAUGCUUGGUGUCAAAAUGUCGCAAAUUUUUGCCACGUGGCAAUUUUCAGCCAAAAAUCAUCUGAAAUUCUGAAAUUUCCAGAAUCUUGCCUCGAACCUUUCGACACAAAAUACGAGCAAACUUGCGGCAACGAUCUUCAUCAACAAUAUUAUUAUUUCGAUCAAAUUUCGGGAAUCUGCAAAAUGUUCUGGUUCGGAAAUUGUAAGGGCGAAAAUCAGAACAUCUACAGUACUCUGGAGGCGUGUCAAUGGAUUUGUGAGAGGAAAAGGGAGGAGCGGAAGCCUGGUAGGGUUUUGGGGGCUUCAGGGGGCCUAGAGGGCCUUAGGAGGCUUUUUAGGCUCUCUGGGCUUUUCUAGGCCGAAAAAUCGUGAUUUUCAGCAAUGUGUGCCGAUAAAUUCGACCCGAAAUACACGGAAUCUUGUGGCGAAGGAAAAUGGACCGAAAAAUGGUAUUUUGAGGUGAGUUUUCGGCCCGAAAAAGCCCAAAAAACGGCCUAAAAGCCCGAUUUUUCCAGCAAUCCACUGGAGAAUGUCACGAAUUCUGGUGGGACGGUUGCACGUCCCCCUCCCAAAAUAUUUUCCCCGAUCAAAAAUCGUGUACCUCAAAUUGUCAACAUCCGGGAUUCGAGAUCUCGUCGAAGUUGGCCACCCAAGAAGAAUCGAAAUUCCGAUGUUUGGAGCCGGUUGAAAUCGGAAGCUGUCAGGAGACGUGAGUCGCUUUUUAGGGGAAAAUUUGGAGCAUUUUGAGCCCGAAUUUGGGUAGGGAAAUUAUGGUGGGAUUUUUGACAGCCUAGGCGAAAUAUAGUGUGAUUUUCUACCUAAUUUCUAAGGUAGGUGAAAAAUGUUGGGAUUUUUGACAGCCUCAAAAUACUCAUAGGUAGUUUCCAGGCUGUCAAAAAUCGCACUGUAUUUUUCCUACCCUACAAAAAUGUCAGGGCUGUCAAAAAUCCUAGCAUUUUUUUCCUAUUCACUAUAAAUGUUGUUAUAGAUCAAAAUUUUGCGCUGAAAAUCGUGAAAAUGCUAGAAAUAGCUGAAAAUGAGGUUUUCACAAUUUUCAGCACAAAAUGUCAGCCUAGAAAAGUAUUUUUCCACAGUAACCCGGUUGAUCCAUUUUUUUUUUUGGAAUUUGUGGCAAAAUUUUCUACAGUACCCUUUGAAAAGUUUCUAGACCCAAAUUUUGUGCUGAAAAUUGUGGAAUCACUCAAAAUUCAUGAAUUUUUCAAGUUUCAGCGUUUUCAGCACGAAAUUUCAGUCUGAAAAUCUUGAAUUUUCCACGUCAUAACUCAAUUUUACUGAAAAUCAUUGAAAAUAGCUUCUAAACCCAAAUUUUGUGCUGAAAAUCAUGAAAUCACCCAAAAUUCAUGAAUUUUCGGAUUUUCAGCCAAUAUUUUCAGAUAUCCCGCCUUCUACUAUGAUAAAAUUGGAAAAACCUGUCGACCUUUUGCAUAUUCGGGAUGUGGAGGGAACUAUAAUCGAUUUUUGACACUUUCACAAUGUGAAGGACUUUGUUAUGGUUUUAAUUCAAUGAAUGGUGGGUUCUGGCUGAAAUUCUGAAAUUUUCAGCAUUUUCCUGAAAAAAAUCUGAAAAUUUUGAUGAUUUUUGAUCAAAAAUUGAUGAAAAUCUCGAAUUUUCAGUCAAAAAAUUCGAUUUUUUCAAGAUUUUCAGCCAAAAUUUCAAUUUUCAGAAGCCGAAUUCGAUUGUCAUCUACAGCUUCAUAUUGGAUAUGGGAAAAAUGAUGAAAAUUGCAUUGCUCAGGCUGGAUUCCGAUUUUAUUAUGAUAGGAGUUAUGGUAAGUGGUUUUUGGGGAGAUUUCGAGCAUUGCUCAUGUUAAGUUGAAAAUUUGAGAAUUUUUGAGAUCAAAUUUGAAAUUUUUGGGUAAUUUUGAGCAUUGCUCAUGUUUGACAUUUUCCAAAUGUUCAGUUUAACAUGAGCAAUGCUUAAAAUUUCUAAAAAAAUUCAAUUUUGAUAUCAAAAUAUUCAGAAUUUUCUGUUUAACAUGAGCAAUGCUUAAAAAUUUCCAAAAAAUCAGAAUUUGGAAUCAAAAUGUUGAAAAUUUUCAGUUUAAUAUGAGCAAUCCACCAAAAAUGUCCAAAUUUCCCAAAUUUGAUAUCAAAAUGUUCAGAAUUUCAAGUUUAACAUGAGCAAUGCUCAAAAUUUCCAAAAAAUUCAAUUUUGGUAUCAAAAUGUUCAGAAUUUUCAGCUUAACAUGAGCAAUGCUUAAAAAUUUCCAAAUUUGAUAUCAAAAUGUGCAGAAUUUUGAGUUUGACAUGAGCAAGGCUUAAAAUUUCUCAAAAAAUUCGAUUUCGGCAUCAAAAUGUUCAGAAUUUCAAGUUUAACAUGAGCAAUGCUUAAAAAUUUCCAAAUUUGAUAUCAAAAUGUGCAGAAUUUUGAGUUUAACAUGAGCAAUCCCCUAAAAAUGUCCUAAUUUGGUAUCAAAAUGUUCAGAAUUUUCUGUUUAACAUGAGAAAUACUCAAAAAUGUCCAAAGUUUCAGUUUAACAUGAGCAAUGCUCAAAAAUAUUCCAAAUUUUGAGUCUAACAUGAGCAAUGCUUAAAAUUUCUCAAAAAAUUCAAUUUUGGCAUCAAAAAGUUCCAAAUUUCAAGGCUAACAUGAGCGAUCCCCCGAAAAAUCCAAUUUUUCCAGGAAAAUGCAGUCAAAUGUGGUAUUUGGGUUGCGGUGGAAAUGCGAACAAUUUCUAUACCUACGAAUCUUGUCAACGAACUUGUAGCCUUUCGAAUUAUCCACAAUUGGAACUGGAAAGAAAACCACGUGCCAGUUCGGAGGGUAGGAAUCUUGUUGGAUUCGGAAUUCGAAAAAUUCGAGCAAAAUUGCAGAAUUUGAAAUAAUUUUUGAGCCAUUCUCGUUUUUUUCCGCUAAAAAUUGGCUGAAAAUUAGCAUUUUUAGCUGAAAAUUUGGAAUUUUUAUGAAAUUUUAAGCCCAAGCUAAAUUUUCAGCCAAUUUCAGCCCAUUUUUGUCACCCACCCCCUAUUUUUUGUGAAAAAAUAAAGAUUUUUUCUGUGAAAUUGAAUUUUUUUUGCAUGAAUUUUUUGGGGGUGGGUGGCAUGAGGUACUGUAGGGUACUGUAGCGCGCGAAAUUUGGAGCAUUUUGAUAUCAAACAAGCCUAGACUAGCCUAGGCUUAUUUGGUAUCAAUUUGCUCCAAAUUCCGCGCGCUACAGUACCCUACAGUAACCCAAAUGCUCUUACAGUAUGCUUCGAGUCGCCAGGAGAUAAGGGAAAUUGUGCCAGGAACGCGAGCGAAAUUGCGCUAAGUCGAUGGACGUAUCAAUCCGCAAAAUGCGUCAAAUUCAGCUACACGGGAUGUGGCGGGAAUAGGAAUCGAUUUGCCACGGAGGAUUUGUGCACAAAGACUUGUGGUGGACUUUUGAAGAGCAAUGAUCCGAGUGAGUUUUUUGAGCACGCGAAAUUUGGAGCAUUUUGAGACUAAAUGAGCCUAGGGGUACUGUAGAUGCCAAAAUUUGGAGCGUUUUGAGACUAAAUAAGGCUAGGUUAGGGUUACUGUAGAUUUUUAGCGCGAAAUUUGCAGUAUUUUGAGACCAAAUGAGCCUAGGGGUACUGUAGAUACUGUAGAUGCCACGUGGCAAAAAAUUUGGAGCAUUUUGAGACCAAAUAUGACUAGGUUAGGGUUACUGUAGGUUUUUCAGAGAGAAAAACUACAGUACUCCUAGCAUACCCUUAUUUGGACUCAAAAUUUUCCAAAUUUUGCCACGUGGCAUCUACAGUACCCCCUGAGCAUGUUUGGUAUCAAAAUGCUCCAAAUUUCGCACACAGGAAUUUGCUCAUUUCAUCCCGACACGGGGCCCUGCAAUCAACUUCACUAUCAAUGGUUCUACAAUCAGACACGUGGCACUUGCGACCAGUUUUUGUACGGUGGAUGUGAUGGAAACCCAAAUCGCUUCGAUAGUUUUGAAAUUUGUCAGAAAGCGUGUGAACUGACUGGAAAAGGUACUGUUUUUGAAUAAUAUGAGCAAUGUUUUUGAAAAAUUUCGGUUUUAGCCCAAAAAAUCCGGGGAAAUUUGAGCAAUUUUGAGGCUGAUAUGAGCAAUGCUUCAAAAUUGUCCAAAUUUCAUAAAUUUUACCUCAAAAAAAACCGGAUUUUCACCAAAAAUUCGGAUUUUCUGCUAAUAUGAGCAAUGUUUUUGAAAAUUUGAAAAAUUUCGGGUUUGGACCAAAAAAUCCGGGGAAAUUUGAGCAAUUUUGAGGCUAAUAUGAGCAAUGCUUCAAAAUUGUCCAAAUUUCAUGAUUUUUACCUAUUUCUCUAACAUGAGCAAUGUUUUUGAAAAUUUGAAAAAUUUCGGGUUUGGACCAAAAAAUCCGGGGAAAAUUGAGCAAUUUCGAGGCUAAUAUGAGCAAUCCUUCAAAAUUGUCCAAAUUUCAUGAUUUUUACCUCAAAAAAACCGGAUUUUCACCAAAAAUUCAGAAUUUUUCCUAACAUGAGCAAUAUUUUUCUCGCAGAUCCUUGUAUGGACAAAUUGGAUCGCGGAAAAUGGUGUAGCUCAAUGUCGAACAUGUAUUAUUACAACAAAAAUUCCAAGAAAUGCAAAGGGUUCCAUUACACGGGAUGCGGAAAAUCCGGCAACAUUUUCACGUCAUUGGAGGAUUGCCAGAGAAAGUGGGUUACUGUAGGAUACUGUUGAUGCCGAAAAUUUGGAGCAUUUUGAGACCGAAUAAGCCUGGGGUUACUGUAGAUCACAUUUUGGCGCCAAAAAUGCCACGUGGCAUAAUAUUUUUUUGCAGAUGUGAAGGUCGAUACAUCAGAGCAGCGCUUCCGGAGCCAGCCGCAUCAUCCAAGAAAAAAUCAUCGAAAUCCAAGACGCCAGAAGGCUGUGAGUCCAUUUUUUCAGCUUAAAAUUCGAUUUUUAGCCAUAAAAUUACAUGUUUUUGACUGAAAUUAGCUGAAAAUUUCGAAUUUGAGAUGAAAAUUGAAGUUUUAUGCUGAAAAUCUUGAUUUUUGAGCAAAAAUCACGAAUUUCGACCCCAAAACCAUAAAAAAUCAUGUUUUUCACCAUAGAAAAUUUGAAUUUCAACAAAUUCCGCCAUGAUUUGCAUUAGAGCGCAUUUGCACAUUUUCAGCUUAAAAUUCGAUUUUUAGCCAUAAAACCACAUGUUUUUGACUGAAAUUAGCUGGAAAAUUUGAAUUUGAGAUAAAAAUUGAAGUUUUAUGCUGAAAAUCUUGAUUUUUGAGCAAAAAUCACGAAUUUUGGCCUAAAAAUCAUGAAAAACGCUCCAGAACCAUGCUUUUUUUUUUGAAUUUUCCACCGUUCUGCCACGAUUUGCAUUAGAGCGCAUUUGCACAUUUUCAGCUCAAAAUUUUGAUUUUUAGCCAUAAAACUACAUGUUUUUGACUGAAAUUAGCUGAAAAAUUCGAAUUUGAGAUAAAAAUUGAAGUUUUAUGCUGAAAAUCUUGAUUUUUGAGCAAAAAUCACGAAUUUCGACUCCAAAACUAUAAAAAAUCAUGUUUUUACCAUAGAAAAUUUGAAUUUUAACAAUUUCCGCCAUGUUUUGCAUUAGAGCGCAUUUGCACUUUUUCAGCUUAAAAUCACGAUUUUUGGCCAUAAAACUACAUGUUUUUGAUUGAAAUUGGCUGAAAAUUUCGAAUUUGAGAUGAAAAUCUUGAUUUUUGGCUCAAAAAUCAUCAUUAUCCACCAAUUUUCACCAAAAAACCAUCAUUUUGCCCCAAAAUCUCUGAAAUUUUCAGAUUCCGGCAUCAAACCUGUCCCCAAGAGCCCGAUGAUCCGCCACAUCAACUUGAAUGCUCAAAAUCAGACCUAUUUCAAAUCCGAGGCUCAAUGGAUGGAUUAUAAUAUAUGCUAUGGUUAUCGAUAUAACGUUUCGGGUCCCGACACGAAAUUAAUGGUGCAUUUGUGUGUGAUUGGUGGAAGGAAUGAGUGUAUUAGUGAGGUUGGUGAAAUUUGGAGCAUUUUGAGCCCGAAUUCGAAAUAAACGGGGUUUUUUGAGUUAAAAAAAGUUCUGCAGGCAGCGGGGAUCGAACCUGAGACCUUCAACUUGAUAAUUAACCCUCUAACCAGCUGAGUUAUGUUUCAGUUUGCGAAAAAAAGUUCCGCAAGUAGCGGGGAUCGAACCUGAGACCUUUAACUUGAAAUCUUGAGCUCUAACCACCUGAGCUAUGUUUCAGUUUGCAAAAAAAAGCUCUGCAGGCACUAGGAAUCGAACCUGAGACCUCUAGAUUGAUAAUUUAGGCUCUAACCACCUGAGCUAUGUUUCAGUUUGCGAAAAAAAGUUCCGCAAGUAGCGGGGAUCGAACCCAGCACCUUUAACUUGAAAAAUAGAUCUCUAACCACCUGAGCUACCUAGAAAAAAAAAUCCGCAAGUAGCGGGGAUCGAACCCAGCACCUCUAACUCAAUAUUCAGAUCCCUAACCACCUGAGCUACCUAAAAAUCUCGCGUUUUUUGCAGUCAUUCGGCUCAACAGACGGUGAAGAGUUCUGUCAAGUCCUCCGGCCAUUUUUGCGCGGUCCACACUUGUACUCCUGGUAUUUUGGUCUCGACACUCAGCGGCCUAGAUUUAUCCUAAAUCGGCCCGAAACCGGACUGUGGCAACCGAAAAAUGAGACGAUGGCCGCGAUUUUGCUGCUCAAAGCUAAUAAUUGUCAUGAUAUUUGUUAG